GGUAGGAGGAGAGAAAUCUGGAAAGAGAUAAAGGGAGUCCACAGAGGGGAAAAAGACUGAUGAGGUCGUGCCAGUUACAGUAGAGAGGAAAGAGAGCAGAGCUGAAUCCUCCCUGUAAUUGAGCCGCUGCUUCUCCGACUGAUCCAACGCAGAUGAUGUCUUCAGAGCACCUGGCCUGUGGUUGGCUGCAGAAGCUGCUCGUCGUGCUUGUGAAGCUUUGUUUCGCGUUUGCUGGGCCUCAGCGACCCCUCAACGGGACGGGCUGCACGGCCAGGGGUCCUGCUUCCUACAUCUUGGUCUUUACAGGUCACUGGAACCCGCAGUCUUUUCCAAAGCAGUAUCCCCUGUUCCGUCCCCCAGCACAGUGGUCCAAACUAGUAGCGGUGAGCCACAAUCACCACUUUAGGCUCUGGGAGGAGGGCUUCCCAGCCAGUCCAGGAGUGCAGAGCUUCGCUGAAGUUGGGGUGACGGUUGAGCUGAUGAAAGCAGCCAAGGAGGCCAGGAAGAAGCGCGCUGCGGGAGCCAUGCACCGGACUGCUGGCAUUCCCAACGGGAUUGGUCACAGCUCCACGGAGAUGCUCAUGGUGCCUCGCAACCCACUGCUAUCUUUGAUGGUGAAGAUUAUCCCCAGCCCAGACUGGUUUGUUGGGUUAGACAGCCUGAAUCUUUGUGAGGGGAACCAGUGGAAACAGGAAGUGACUGUUGACCUCCAUCCUUUUGAUGCAGGGACGGACAGCGGAUUCACUUUUUCCUCUCCCAACUUUCCAACUAGCCCCCCAGAAAACAUUACGCAGAUCACGUCACAAAUGCCAAACCAUCCGGCCAACUCCUUCUACUACCCUCGACUAAAGGAGCUUCCACCUAUUGCCAGCAUAAGGAUUACCCGGCAGCGUCGAUCACUUGACCGCCAGACUUCCAUCUCUAACCACAUUCUGCCAAAUUCCAUCAGUCCUCAGCGCUUCUCAGCAACACCUUUGGACUGUGAAGUUUCUCUCUGGUCAUCUUGGGGUCUCUGUCUCGGUCCCUGCUCCAGAGGCGGAGUCCGUCACCGCACACGUUACAUCCUUCUGCGGCCAGCGAACGCUGGCAGCCCCUGCCCUGAGCUGGAGGAGCAGGCUGAAUGCGUGCCCCACAGCUGUAUGAAGAAACGCCAGUAACUGUCAGAGCAAGAGCAUAAAACACUUGGACUUCAUGCUAUCACUGCUGGACGGGGAAAAACGUUUUAUCAUGUUGAGGAUUUUUUUUUAAGGUGAAACAAUAAGAACUCUGUAUUGCCUGUGUAUUGCCACUAAAAUACAUUUCUGUAUAUAAGCAGAACUAACAAACGAAAUGGAGUCUUUUGGAAAAGCAGAUGGAUGAAUAUCAAACAGUUGAAAUGUUAAUCAGUCUAACUUGAUUUUUACAAUUGUUGCACAAAUUUCACCCAAAGUUGAGCCAUUUUAUAAAAUGUAAAUAAAACCUUCAUGCUGCCACUUGUAAAUCACCUCCAACAAAUACACAUUUUUAAAAAUCAAAUACAUGUGGCUUAAUUUGUUUUGAAACAAAACUCUGUUUUAAAUUUUGUGAAAUAAAUGCUUUAAAAAAAACAAUUUUGCAAAUACUUCUAAAGUUUUCGCUCACUAAAUCAGAUAAUUAGCAGAUGUUAUACAAUCAGGGUUUCCUGGUGAACUUCUGACCUAUGCUGACACUUUCAUUUCUCAAUAAAAAAGCUAAUUUAAGAACAGACAGCCUAGCAACAUUGAACAAAAAUGUUUUUUGCAAUUCUUUCCACUGUUAGUGGUUAUUAUUUAUUUAUAUUAGGAUAAGAGGUGAUGUCAUAAGGGACAAAAAUCAACAUAAAACAAGAUUUGCCUGUUUGUUUAAAAAUUAGAGUUAUGUGAUUAUGGAGUUAACAUUUUAAAACUGGCUUUAGCAUUUAAUAUUAACCAUUAGCAUGGUAAGUUUUUUUUUUUUUUACUGAUAAUCACCAGAAUUUUGUGUUUAUUUCAUAAAAAAUGUAGAGCCAGUCAUGCAGGUGGCGCAGUGGUCAGCUCGCAUGACCCUUAUACAGAGGUCUUAGUCCUCGAUGUGGGCGACAUGGGUUUGAAUCUGGCCUGUGGUCCUUUCCUGCAUGUCUCUCCCCCUUUCCUGUCAGCCUAGAGCAUUAUAUUACUUCUUCCCAAAUUUUUCCAAAUGCCUCAUAAGUCCAAACAAAGUCUCAAUACUCAGAAAGAUAAAACAGGAGAAAAUUACCGUACUAAGUAUUUAAUUUCCCCUCUGAAUCAAGAUCAUUUUGAAUUGAAUUUAGUCUUCGUCUUAUCACCUGAAGCCGUUGCCCUCUUUCUCUUGCAGCAUGAAUGGACCAAAGAUAUAACUCUCUUUCAAUCACUAACAGCAUCUGCACCAAUAUGGCUUUUGUAAUUGUUUUUCUCACUGAACAAUGAAAGUCCAGAAUUUGUUUGUCAAUUGGAAGGUCCCUGCUCACAGCUAAUCAAAGCUAAAAUCCCUCUAUUCAGGUAUUUUCCAGUGGUAAGGACGGUCAAUAUUACUGGUUGAACUCUACAGGAUGGAAUAUACUGGACCCAUAAUAAACAGAUAGAAUGCGUCUAAACUGUAAAACUUGGACUAAGCUGUGGUUCUUUUGCAUCCUUUAACAGAAUAAUUGCAAUUAAAAUUGUUUCUAAAUAUUGGUGAUGCUUAUCCCCCAACUUUAGAGAAUUUAGUAAAUAUAUGAGCCUACACAUGGUCCCUGGAGCGAGUUGUGGGUCUGCUGCAGGGCUCUGUUUUUGUUCAUCUUUU